AUGGCACAUCGGUACGUCGAUGCCACCGCGUUCGAAGCGUAUACGGAUAGCGACGGACAGGAGCUCGUCGUGUCGCAACUGGUGCACGCUUCAGUAGACGAGGCGUAUGAUGCGUGGAUCCGCAUGGAGUGGACUGGACGCGGGUUGACGCUGAAGGCUGGAGACGGCCGCGGCCUCGUUGGCCACCGUCGUCUUGUCCCGUUUGGAGUCCAAGAGCGGAUUCUCUCGGUGGGACUGCCCGAUAAAUCGGACCGGAUCCCUAGUGUACGCUACUGUAUCGAAAAGAGCGGUCCACUGCUGCUGUGUGACCAUGUGGCGCUCGUGCAGUUCGUGGCGGAUACUUCAGCACCUCCUUUGCAGCCCAAGACGCUCAUUCUGUGGAGCUCCAAGCUCACGCCGUCGACCUUUGGCAGUGUCUUGCUCUGUGGCGGAUCGAUCUCUCGACUCGUGCUGAGGACGAUACUCGCGAGCUCGUUGCAAGGCAUUGCAGCGUCUUUCCAGCACAAAUAA